GGGCUUUGGAAGACUAAGGCACUGGCCUUCAUAAAAGACCUUGACAGACAGACGGUGAUUUGAGAUUUCAAGAGCACAGCUGACCUAGACAUACUUCAGAGACAGGAAGGAGACUCCGAAACAGGAAGUUUAUGGACCCAGAUGAACGGCCAUAUCUUCUUCUUGAGUUUGAAAAAGUCACUUUAAAUUCAAUUUUUCUUGAUUUGUUUUGUUAGGCUGUAGAAUUGUUCUCAAUCAAAGCCAAAGAAAGGUGUCACAAACAUCAAGGGUCGACUGCAGAAGUACAGGAUUGACAAGUGAAGGACUGACUGCCAUGCGAGAGGAACAGUCUUGUGGUGACUUUCCCGAGGGUGGAGUCCUACCCUGCGAAGAGGAGCAAGAACGUUGGCCCAACAAGUGCCCCGUCGUUGUUGCACCACCAACAAGCGCUCGAAAGCGGGUAACAGGUCCCAAAAAAGAGCCUGGAAGACCGCUAUCACAUGAGGAUAAACCUUCUCCUGAGGUCCCGUCCACAAUCGCUCCCUCUGGCCCCAAGCGACCAAAAAGAAGCUCUCCAUCUUCUUCAUCAACAUCGUCCUCUUCAUUAGUGCCCACCAUCAGUGCAGUGUCACCUCUACCCGGUGAACCUUUCGAAGACCUGCAUACGCAACGAGUGAUCGCCAACGUCCGAGAACGCCAGCGCACACAGUCCCUAAAUGACGCUUUCGCCUCGCUGCGGAAGAUCAUUCCCACUUUGCCUUCGGACAAAUUGAGCAAGAUCCAGAUCCUCAAACUGGCUUCACGAUACAUCGACUUCCUCUACCAGGUGCUUCAAAGCGAUGAGAUGGACGCCAAGCUGGCCAGCUGUAACUACCUGGCCCACGAGAGGCUGAGCUAUGCCUUCUCCGUAUGGAGGAUGGAAGGCGCUUGGUCCAUGUCCGCUACCCACUAGAUGUCUAUCAGUUCCUAACCCUAUACCUACCAAUCGUCCGACCAGCCUCUGAACUCUGAACCUGCAUUCUUCCAGAGAGAAACUGACUCUGAUUUUUAAAGUCUAUCGCUGCCUCUCUACAGUACUUGCCACAGCCUAAUUUCAACAGCUCUUUGACCCUUGCUGAAAUGACCUGACCCUGCUUAAAGCUGAUCUCUGCCCUUCCAAUACUGAUAUUUUCUCUUUUUCUCAGCACAACCCUCUGCAGGUUUACAGAUAAAAAGCAGCUACACUCUGUCUCCCAGCUGUGUUCGUCAGACAAUGCUUUUGGAUCCCAAAAGCUCAUUACCUGCAGAGAGGGUCUGCCACUCAAAUACACAAAAACACACAGUGAUGGAUGGUGAAGACAUCAUAAAGGAUUGUGCAGAUAUUCUAGUGAAGCCUUUGGUUUAGUUUAGCCUUCAUUACAUCUAUUUUGUGUUUCCAUGUGACAUUGCUCUUCCUUGAACGAUUGGUUGUCAGAAUGGAAGAAAAAUACAAUCUAUUCAAUAGAUAAAAGAAUGUACACAUUUCUAUCCCAGCCUUGAUGUGUGGAGCAAUGUAGGUUUCUGCUACAUUGAAAUAAUGCUAUUUCAUUUGCAUAUACAUUUAUUAAAUCUGUCACAUUGUGUAGUUGUUGAUGUAUUUAUUAAUGAUUUAUGCAGUUUGGAUUAUUUAAUCAUAAUAAUUAAUGCAUUUAACCAAUGACUGCUGUAAAAGCAUUGUUAUUUUUUCUACAAUUUUUCAUUUAAGUCUUCUUGACACACAUGCCUUGCUUUUAUUUAUGUGUUUGUUUGUUUGUUUGUUUGGUUAUAUUUAAUGUAAAACCAUAAUUAUGGCUAUAAUAUUUUAUAGGAGCAGAUAUAUAGAGGGGUAGAUAAAAACCUCAUUGCAUCAAAAAGGUUCUUCAUAGCACUUUUUAGGUUCUAAAUGACACUUACGUAGAAGGAUCAUUAUGGAAAGUUUAAAAAGAAGGGUUCUAUUGAGCUCUGCUAUUUCUACAAGCUGAAGAACCCUUAUUUGGUAUUAUUUAGAACAUUUGUCUUAAGAGUGUAGUGUGACAUUAUAAAAAUGUAAGGUCUUAUCUAAAAAUAUAGUAAAAGGUUAAAAAAAAGUAUCUUUUGAUUAACCUGGAGAUGGUGGGGGACUUUAAUACAUGUUAAGCUCCAUCAACAGCAUUUGUGGCAUAAUGUUGAUUAUAACAAAAACAAUAUUUUUUAAAUGAUUUAAUUUUGGCUCAUCUCUCGUUGAAUUUAAUAAAGCUGUUUCAGUAAGUCACUGGAAGUGAAUGGGGCUAGUCCAUAAACAUUCAAAUACACAUAGUUUCAAAAGUAUAGCUACAAGAUCUAAAUAUUUAUUUACCUGAUUUUAGUGAAAAUCACUUACUAACCUCAUCUGUGAAAAGUUAUAUCCAAUACCAGGAUUACAGAGUUUCAUUGUCAUGGCAACAAAGUUGUAAUAUUGGAUGUAACUUUACCCUGGUAAUGCUAAUAAGGCUAGUAAGAGAUUUUAUCACUAAGAUCAUGUAACACAUAUAAUGUUUACAUUUUGUGGCCAUACUUUUGAAGUAAUGUGUAUUUUAUUGUUUAGGGCUGACCCCAUUCACUUCCCUUUUACGUUACAUACUGUAUUUUUUAUAAAAAAAAAUUAUAAAUGAGGGAUACAUCUAAAUUUAUAUAUAUAUAUAUAUAAUAGCCAGAGUUCCUUUUGAUAUCUUUUUAAACAACAUUUUGUUCUUUGAAUCUGUUUGAUAAAGGUCAUUUUUGAACUCCAAAUGUUCUCUCUCUUUUAAGUGAACUUCUGUUUAUACUUCUUGUAUUUACCAAUACGCAAUUGUUACUAUUUUUAAAUUAAAUCAAAAGUGCAUUUUUAUGUAACAAACUAUUUAAUUUCACAUGGAUUUUCUUAGUCAUCAAAUCCUUACAAGUUUGCUUGGUAUGUGUAAAAGUAUGUGUUUAUGAAAGCAAUGUAACUAUGACACUUUGUAAGAAUUUAUUUUAGGUUGUGGUUCGAAUUGGAUUAGUCAUAUCCACAACAUGAUAUAUAACUUCAGCAUUGUCCUUAAUUUAUAAGAGAUGACUAAAUGUGUUUGCCGGUACUCAUGGAAUUUGUUUGUUUUAGGCUGCAAUGACAUGUAAAUUCCAGCAGGGUGACUGGGUAAUUUAUAUAUAUAUGGGGUCCUAUGAGGUCCGAAAAUCUGAGAUCACUAGUAAAAUAUUUUAGUUUAAUUUUUUCCAAUUUAAUACAAAAUAUUUUAUAAUUUCAGUAUGACAAUUUGAGUGAUAAUUUAAACGAAUUUCAGAAUUUCUUAGUAUGUGGUAUGCCCAUGUCAUGUAAUUGAACUGACAAGUACAUAGUACAAUAAAUAAAUAAAAUAAUAAAAUAAAUAAUAAAAAAAAAAAAAACAAGGAAAUAUGAUCCCAAUGAAUUAACAUGUCAUAAAAUUUGUCUUCUAUAUGUUUUAAAUAGUGUAGAAUAUUAAAUAUUUCCUACUUAAUUUUACAGCAUAACGCUUAAGUUCAUGUUCAGGUUUAAAUUAGGGUUUGAAUGCAAAUUUUUAGACUACACUGCACUGAAUAUAUUGUAAAAUCCAUACAAAUUACAGCAGACUGUACUGUAAGUAUAACUGUGAAUAGUGUUUUUGAAGAACAUUUGAUUUUAAAGACACAUUUUGACCAAUACCCCAGAGGACAUCUUGCUUCAACUAGAAGCCAAACAUCUUUUCCUUCCGCAAACUAUGCAACAGAAUCUAAAAAAGAGUGAAAAAUCUGACUUUGGAAAUCACUCGGAUUCAGUGGCAGAGUGCUGAUUUGAGAUCAGUCUUCACUGACUUUAGAUGACUUAUGAUAUAGACUCACAAAGGCAGGCACUUACAGACUAUCAGACUUUUAUGAUGUUAUGAGGACUCUGCAUUUAGAGGAUCACAUUUAGCUAAACCUGAGCUUGAAGAAUAAAUGCUAUGUAGACUAUUCAACUACAUUCUCUGUUAUUAAGAGCUGAUCAUUACAGAGUUGUUGCGCUUGUCAUUUAUGCUGUAAAUAAGCCGACAGUACUGCUAUUGUGACAGUGUAACAAUUUCAUCAUGGCAUACAUCCCAUUUUUAAAGAAUAAAGCUAUAAGAACAACGAAAAAUAUAUGAUGAUGUAUGUAACCCUUACACAAGGGUAGUUGAACUCUUGCAAAAGGAUAGCUGACAUACUUUUGUCAAGUUAACAUGUCCUGCAGUGUGACAUGCUACAGUAUACUAUGUAAAACUAUACAUGUAAAACUAUUUUAAAUAGCAUUUGUAAAACUAUUUUUUCAUUUUUCUGCAUACAGCUUUCAUGAUGUCAUAUUGAUUAAGAGACUACACAGAAUAUUUGUACAUUUAAAAAUGUAUUUGUCACACUACAGGACCAUUUAAAUGAACUAGUGAAUGAAAAUAUGUGAUUAAAAUUGGCAACUAAAUAAACACAAUUUGAUCAGUUACAAGACACAUGAUAUACGCUUCCCCUUAUACAUUACUAUAAAUGUGUUGAUGUUGAAAUGUUAUGUGUCAAGUACCAUUAAAGGUUUGCAGAUGAAUAAAUGUAGUUGUAGUUUUCUGACCACACGGUCAGAGCAAUCAUAAAGCUAUAAUUAUUUUGAAUAAUAAUAAUUCAACACAAUCACAGUUUCAGGAGAAAUAUAUUCAUUCAAAAAGUUCUUAAUAAUAGAUCAGGCUGUCAAAAAGGUGUUCAUAUUCUGUUGUAAGAUCUCAUGGGGAUCCAGACACUUCUAAUUACUUCAUUAGAAUAAAAUGUCAGACAGAUUUUCUUUGCCUUUAUCCUUCGUAGAAACUUGAUAUGUGUCUGGUUGGCAAGAACUAAGAAGGACCGCUUAACCACAGUGCUUUGUUCAGUGAGUGUAAUUAGGCAAUUAGAAGUAUGUUUGAAGCUAAAUGGGCCAAAUUCAAACAUGCUGCCAUAGUGGCCCAGGCUAAAGUAGCAGCCUUUGGCUUUGUGUUAAACUAGUAACAACAGGAGGAUAUGGUCAAGCAACUUUUAGAUUGAUAAUGUCCCGUAUUGACAAUCAAAAUCUUUCAAUUUGUUAGUUUUGUUUUCUUUUUAUGACAUUGGUGGCUAAUAUCAAGUUGCCACAGUUUUAUUGUAGUAAAUAUGGUAUUUUGGUAGAAACUAUGGAUACCAGUAUUAUUUCUGGUCGUAUUUCUAAUUUCAAUGUAUUUUACUUUUUUUA